AUGUUUGCUGCUCCUGAUGAUGAUGGGCCCGAGGGCUCCCUUGCUGGUGAUGUACCUGUGAUCUCUCCGCCUAAGUCUGAGGCUGCGCAUGCUGCGAUCUCUCCGCAGAAGUCUCAGGGCAGUCUCUGCGGCGAAUCUCCGGACAAGGCCCUGGCCUCACCAUCGCCGGCUGCAGGCGUGGAUGCCUCCAGUGUGGAGGCGCCGCCGCUGCCGCCAACGCCCACGCAGCUUCGGCCUUCCACCGUGCCUGCGGUGGAUCCUUGCACCUUGUGUGCAAAGCGCCCUCGUGCGCAGAAGCAGAAGUUUUGUUGCACAUGUCGUGCUGACAUAUCCGCGGCCAAACGUGACGCAGAGAGGGAAAACCAACUUGAGUGGUUCAAUGACUUGGCAAAGAAAAAUGCCGAAGAGUUCCAGGACUUCAUGUUUGAGUACGUUAAGAAGCAGAGUUCCACGAGGCGCAAGUACUCCAUGCGCCUGAAGUUUGACUUCUUGCAGUAUCAGGAGGCUCGCCGCACACAAAGCAAGUUCAAGCUCGGCUACAAGGCGGUUUUCAUGCACAAGAAGCGCGCCGUGAACCACUGGAUGGAGCGUUUGGGGUUGGAGAGAUCCGAGGCUCUCACCAAGUGGGCUGAGGAAUCCGAGGCGGCAAAGUACAAGCUCAUGAAUGGCCCCCGCGACAGCCCGUUGCAAAUCCCUGUGAAGCUCGACGACUUUUUGGUGGUUGAGGACAGUGUGAUAGACGAGAAGAGCAUGGUGAAAGACUACAAGAAGGUCAAGCACUCCGCGGAAGCCGAGCAGCUCAUGGAGGAGGCGUUGGAAGGCCGGGCAUUCACGGACAAUGACAUUGAGAGGUACGGCAUCGACGCAGCGAACAGCGACCUCGUGAAUUCGGUCUUUGGACGCAAGAUUGCUUUGAGACCACCCACCGCCGCCGAAGGUUCAGCUUCAGCUGCGGAAGACACUGCUGAGCAGGAGCCCGGGCCCGCGAAGAAAGCCAAGACCUUUGAUGCUGGCACCGAACGCAUGGCUAUCACGAACAAGCUGAUCGCCGCGGUGGACAAGGAGCUCGAGGCACUGAAAACGUGUCGGUCAGACGUGGCGACCUUCCUGCAGGACAUGGACGUGGAAAAUAUGUGCAACAGCCCGGACACGCCUGCGAGUGAACGUGAUGCCAUUCGCCUCUUAGACGCUCGCUUCAAGCUGUCGGAGAAGCUCGUUGGCAGCUACGAGCCGGGCAAGGCCCUUGCGAGUGACGAGGUGGUGGCCAAAGAUACUGCAGCCUACGCAGCCGCGUUCCAGACAGAGGUGGCCGAGAUGCCCGACAUGUUUGCCCAAGCCUAUCCUGUUUCCCAUAUCGUGCGGCAAGUUCAAAUCGAGGUCAAGAACGUCAACUCCCAAGCAGAACGCAAAGCGCUGGAGCAGGACUUCAAGCCUGUGAUCAACCUGCUAGGUGUCAUGCGAUCGUCUUUGAAGAGUGCGCACGACAAGAUCAAAAAGUUUGCCAAAGACAAGACAUCCAAGCAGGAAAGGGAGAAGCGCGCCGCCGACGCCGCGCAAAUGAAAGCCAUCAGCACCGAGAAGAGGAAACGGGAGGCGGAAGAACGAAAGCUUACAAAGGCUGCAGAGAAGCAAGGUCGCGUGGGGUCUCUCUGGGACAUCGACUACGUGAAGCUGGGUGUGCAGGUGAUGUCGCACGAGAUCCUGAAGGAGCCCGGUGACUUCCAGAAAUUGAAUUUCUCCCGGCCGUGGAUCGCGCGAUACUCGCUCUCGACGCUGCCCAACACGAAGAAGGUCGUGGAAGACGCCAAGAUUCAAUCUUGCCUAGCAUCUUUCUACAAUGGCUUCCCUGGAUCCGCGGCUUCUUUGCAGGGAACGAGACGGUUCACGCAGGCGGUGAAAGAGACCAAUGAUCUACGAGACAUGGUCCUUAAGGAGUUCGGCAUCGCGGAAUCACGUCCAGGAGAUGGGUAUGAUGCGCUGCAGUCCAUGACAGACACCGUCGCUGUGUUCGGCUACGGUGAGGAGAUGACUGCCUGCGGGCUCGAUGUGCUUCAGCUUCCCUCCCUGCGUGUGCAGGUCCAGGGUCAUCGUUGGGUGUUCAUGAUGCCCUUGGAGGCUGUGGUGUCUUAUGUGAAGACGACAAAGAAGGGCGAGCGAGUCGCCUACAAAGAUGUGCAGGACUUUCUGAACGCGCUACAGCCCAGCACUGUCGCAGCGUACCUGACCAUGUUCCCGGAUGGCCUUUGCCACGCGUUGAUCCACAAGGAUACCAUUGCGUAUGUGCCGCCAGCGUGGGUGCUCGCGGAGAAGGUCGUCAACAUGAAGUGUGCCUUCGGCCUUCGCGUGCUGUGGUCCCCUGCCAUGCAACUGGAUCGAAAUUUGGAAGCUGCCGCCGACUGGGUUGGAGAUGCUGCUGAGGGUGCCGCGUCUUCCAAAGGCCUCGCUGCGCUCUAUGCGCAGUGUCAAGCCCGUCAGGUUGAACAAGACAAGGAGGCUGCAGAGCGAGCCCAGUUGGAGGAGCUCACGCGCCAGGAGGAGGAAGCCCGGGCCCGUGAGGCCGAGAUCCAGAAGAAAGCCGCGGAGGACGCCAAGCAAGCCGAGAAGAAAGCCGCGGAGGACGCCGCGCAAGCCGAGAUGCAGAAGAAAGCCGCGGAGGACGCCGAGCAAGCCCAGAUGCAGAAGAAAGCCGCGGAGGACGCCGAGAGAGCCGAGAUGCAGCAGAAAGCCGCGGAGGACGCCGAGCGAGCCCAGAUGCAGAAGAAAGCCGCGGAGGACGCCGAGCAAGCCGAGAUGCAGAAGAAAGCCGCGGAGGACGCCGAGCGAGCCGAGAGGCAGCAGAAAGCCGCGGAGGACGCCGAGCAAGCCGAGAUGCAGAAGAAAGCCGCGGACGCCCAGCAAGCCAAGAUGCAGAAGAAAGCCGCGGAGGACGCCGAGCGAGCCGAGAGGCAGCAGAAAGCCGCGGAGGACGCCGAGCAAGCCGAGAUGCAGAAGAAAGCCGCGGAGGACGCCCAGCAAGCCAAGAUGCAGAAGAAAGCCGCGGAGGACGCCCAGCAAGCCAAGAUGCAGAAGAAAGCCGCGGAGGACGCCCAGCAAGCCAAGAUGCAGAAGAAAGCCGCGGAGGACGCCCAGCAAGCCAAGAUGCAGAAGAAAGCCGCGGAGGACGCCAAGCAAGCCGAGAUGCAGAAGAAAGCCGCGGAGGACGCCCAGCAAGCCAAGAUGCAGAAGAAAGCCGCGGAGGACGCCAAAGCCGAGAUGCAGAAGAAAGCCGCGGAGGACGCCAAGCGUGCCGAGGAGGACAAGCGCCAGGCCGAGGUCCUGAAGAAAGCUGCGGAGGAUGCGCGCAAAACCGAGAUCCAGAAGAAAGGCCAGAAGAAAGCCGAAGCCCAGCAGCAAGCUGACGAUGCCGCGCGUGCUGAGAAGGCAAUGCAACAGUUCUUCGAGAAGAAGAAGGCUCACGAGGCGCACAAGAGCGAUCCGGAUCAGGAGGCUGUGAACUGGUGCCUAGCAUGGGCUGAGAGGCACCUUGCGUGCAUCCAAGGGGACAUGUGGCAAACCUUGAAGGGCAACCUUGAGGCUGGAGUCGAGAUGAUCACACGCUUUUCAGGGUUGGAUGCGCCGUCCUGCGCGGCCCGGGAGAUUGAACGAGCUUGUGCAGCUCGUGGCCUCCGGCUUGGUGCACGGCAAGGUGUGUGGCUGCGCUCAUCGGGAGACAUUGCAGUCGGUGCUCAAAAGUGCCUGCGGCACCUACACGCAGUGCCUUCAUAUGCCAAGCAUGCCCCGUGCCACAUUUUUGACAACCUGGAGGCAUCAAUUUCUCCAGAGGCUCUGAGUGCAAUGAGGAGCAUCGUUCAACAGUUUGCGAAGCCAGAGAUGUCUUUAACAGAUCAAAAGGCCUUUAUGCGCCGCUUGAUGGAGCCGCUCUUGCAGCCUGGAGCUUUGUUGAGCUCAGCGCCGUGCCUGCUGCAUGAAUGUGAGCUCGGGUGCCCGUUGAAUGACGACGCAGGCCCUGCAGCGGGGCGCAAACUGCACGUGGCGGGAUCCCCUUGUGUGGAUUGGUCUCGGAGGGGAAAGCGGCAGGGCUCUGUGGGGCCCACGGCUAUACCCCACACAAUUUGGCUGGCACAUUUCAUCGACUCCGGCGUUUGUCUUCUCUUGCAUGAAAACACGCCGGAUUACCCGGAUUGGCAGUUGAUGGAUGCCUUGCAUUUCUUCAGCAGCCGUCAGUGGCAAAUUGAGGUGUUCAACAUUUGUCCAACCAUGUUUGGCAUUCCAGCCAAGCGAAAGAGACGUUACUCUGUUGUGUGGCACGCUGGUCAUGUGUCCUUUUCGGGCACCUUCCGGGAGUUUGUGGACAUCUUUGUGCAGCAGUGCGACCUCAAAGGUGACGUAUUCUUUCGUGGAGGAGAAAGCAUCUCCCAACAUGACUCCAAGACCAAGCACCAAAGUUUGCAAAAGCAUCACGACCUUCGCCUUGAGAGGAUGAAGACCAACCCGGCUGCCGCCGCGCAGGACAUCGCAGACUUAUCCCAGCGUCCGCCAUUCGGCACUUUGGACACUUUGAUCCCGUGCUUGACGACCGGUGCUUGCGUCUACAGCUUGUCAAAGGGAAAAUUUCUCACUGCCCAAGAAGCCCUGGAGGUGCAGGGGCUGGGUGAGGAAGCGCCGGUGUCCCGCUUGCUGGCGGAUGGCAAGCUGAGCAUCGGUCAAGUUCGCAAGCUGGCAGGAAACACGAUGGCCCUUAGCUGCAUUGGAACAAUGAUGCUGUACAUUCUCUGUCGCACAAAGCCUGUGCAGCCUGUGAUGCCAGUGACACCUGCCACUCAGCCUGAGUCGCAAAGCUCGCAAUUCCCGUUGCAGUCCAUGGGGCAGAAGGCACAGCGAUUUUUGCUUGUCAUGACUUUUAUGUUGCAGUGCGAUGGAGAGGGCUUUAAGUUUGAAGGCUUCGCCCACCGCCGCCUUCAGGCAGCCGGCUGGGAGGCGUGCCCGACCUGGGAAGAAUGCUUGCAGUCGGCAGUCGGAGGGAGGUGGAGCGCGGAUUGCGAGUCCCUCCUGCGGCGGUUCGUCCGGCUGCGCUGGGCGAGCCGGUGGAGGGGCGUCCUUGCAGUGGCCGUGCAGCGCGCCGUCUGCAGCGCCGUUCUGGGAAGGCACUCGCCGGGCAGUCCGAUCCGAUGGCGCCUCUUGGAUCCAGACAUCAGCCGCCCUCCGCGCUGUGAUGCUUGCCCACCUGCCGACGGUGCUGAUGGCUUGGUUCCGCUCAUACCUUCGGGGCUUUCGUAUUUCUCUGGCAAAGUGCGUGGCUACCUGAGGUACAAGGCUCGCGCAGUCCCGAACUUCAGCUUUGAGGAGGUGACGACGUCGCCGGCUGUUGUCCGUGAUGUGCUCUUGCCUGCCACCGGCUCAUCUGCUGUGCCGCAGGUCCGAAUGCCAGGAGGGGAGAUCAUCCAGGACACCAAGAGCAUCUUCGAGGCUGUUGAGGCACAGUGGCCUGGCGCGCCCGUGAUGCCACCGAUGGAGAUGCCGCGGCAACGCUUGGCCUGCCUGAUCAUGGAGCUGCUGGGUGACGAGUGGCUUUUGGUUGCCGCUUUCCACUGGCGCUGGGCCUACUCGGGCGAUGGCUCGAGGAGCCAGGCCAUGCCAGCCUUCAUGGGCGGUGCGAGGCCACUUCCAAACCACCGGCGCCACAACGAGGAGCAGUGGGGAGCUUUCCUUCGGCCCGAGGGCACCGUCGAAGAGCAGCGACGAGUCGCGCGAUUCCUUUUCGACAAGAUGUUCCUCACGGAGGUUGGCAUCAAGAAGGGGAUGCGACAGCUGGGCGUCACGAAGGAGACCGUUGCUGCCUGGGAGGCUUCCUGCAAAAACGUCCUGGGCAUUCUGGACCGGCAUCUUGCGCAGCAUUCCUUCGUGCUGGGGGGCAAGCCGAGCACUGCGGACUAUGCGCUGCUGGGGCCUCUCUACGCCCACUUGUAUCAGGACCCAGUUCCAGGCAAGAUGAUGCGGGAGGAGUUCCCCUUGGUCACAGACUGGUGUGAACGACUGCAUGACUUGGGUGGUACACUGUCGACCUUCGUCAAGAGACAGGAGCCCGAAGAGUGGCUUGCGAAUGACGAAGUGCCAGCUGGAUGCAUCGAGCUGCUUCAGGUGUUUUUGGAUGAGAUGUGGCCUGUCUUGCAGAGCUCAUGUGAUACAUUGCGAGAGUACUUGCGGUCUCCCUGGUGCCUGCUUCUGAGCACGACGCUUCCUGACAAGUCCUUCAACGCCGGAUGCGCAGACCAGGAGGGCUUUGGUCCCCUGACGCACCGCUUCUCGCUGCCCUUCGACCGAAAUGGCUCCCGCGGCGGUAAAGUGGAGGGCCGGCGCUUCGUGGUACCACACCAGAUCUGGAUGCUGCAGCGUGUCGAGACGGCCUUGGGAGCCAUGGAUCCCGAGGCGCUGAAGCCUCUUUUGGAGCAGCUACGGGGAGGCGAUCAACUCGCCGAGAUUUCCCGAGUCUUGCGGAAUGUUCGAAUGAGUCGCAAGGAUGGGCGGCUCGUGCCCUGUGAGCGGAGCUCAAUCGCAUGGCUGCGGCUGUGGCCCUUGCUGCCGCUGCUCUGGUUCGGCAGGCAGAUUUUGCCAAGCACGUGGCGAGCAGCACUCGGCUUGCAGAGAUGA